AUGCGGUCACUUGGUGUUCUCAUCAGCUUCGUAUCAGCAGCUUUGUCCUGGCAAUACAUUUUCGAAGAAAGCGAGAACGCCGAAUGCCAUGAAAGUUGCUUCACAACAACGAUAGGCGCUUAUCAAACUGUCAAAUCCCCUAUUUGGUUUUCGCAAAGGCCUUCCGAUUCUUUUGAACGAUCAAAAUUCUCCGGCGUUAAUGAUACUGCGUUCGAACAGUGGUACUUCGAAGCCGUUUCAGAAGCUGGCGACGCUUUUAUUGUCUCCCUUGGACACGAUCCUUCGUAUAAGGCUCUUGGAUACGGCGUACUCCCAUUUGAGAUAAUUCUUGUCUUCGCCAAUGGAACGCGCCACGCAACAACGGACUUUGCGAUUGAAUCUCGCGUACGCGACUGCUGUGGGCAGGUGCGGGGACUAUGGAAAACAAAGACAGGAUCAGUGUCUUGGUCGGUUUCCGCGGAUUUGAAGGCUGCAAUGGUAUAUUUUGAUACACCGACUGUACAGGGAAGAGCAGAACUUCAGUCCUUUACUCCAGCUCGCUUUGCGGACGGGACGUCGUGGCCAUCGAACUCAGCACAAACACAGCUUGCUCCGCAUUUGAACUUUGUUGAGACCAUUCCAGUCGCGCAUGCCAAGGUGGAUCUCAAGGUACAAGACAGUCGGCUGACGUUUUUUGGUAUCGGUGGACAUUUCCAUGACUGGGCUGCCUUUGACUGGUUCACCCUCGUUGACAGCUGGCGCAAUAUGCGAGCCAAGAUUGGCCCAUAUGCUUUCUCAUUGUGGAUCCCAAGAUCAAGGAUUGCCGGAGGCAUCCAGUAUUCGUCAGGUGUCCUUUACAAGGAUGGGAUACCUAUCGUGAAGGUUUAUGGCCCUGAUAACGACACUUCACAAGAGCGUAACAAACUAUCAAUUUGCGGGCACUUCGACGGGACAAUAUCUGGAAGGCUUGGCGAUAAAUCAUCAGGCUGGAUUAUUGAGUUCGCUGAACCUAGGUCAUCAAGACGAUGGCGCUUUUCGUCAAAACAUCAGGUUCUGGCGCACGAAGUUAUGUUGGGCUCCGAAAGUGGUCUUUCGGUUUUCACGGACGAAGUGAAAGGGGGCGAGUUUACAGAAGAGCAGCACUCUGGCUACGGACUCUGCGAACAAAUCAUCUUGCCCAAGAGCAUUGGGCCGUCUGCAGCGUGGGAGGUUUUUAAGACUCAUCGCGACAAUACGGGCUCCACAACGUGGCAGGCAGUGUGGUACAUGUUUAGUGCUGUCUGUCGUGAUGGUGUACUGACAAAUCUGAUCCGCAUCCUGCUCCCUACGUACUACUACUCCUAA